UUCACCACACUCGCAAUCUAUCUUCAUCCCCCUCCUCUAUAUAUACAUAUAUAGUAGGAGUAGUAAUAGUGGUAGUAGCAUUUACUCAUGGGGGAUAACAAUGCGAAGCUCCCACCGGGAUUUCGGUUCUAUCCCACCGAUGAAGAACUCGUCGCUCAUUUCCUUCAUCGCAAAGCUGCACUCUUACCUUGCCAUCCGGACGUCAUCCCGGAUCUUGAUCUUUAUCCCUAUGAUCCGUGGGACUUGGACGGAAAAGCAAUGGCGGAAGGUAACAAAUGGUACUUUUACAGCCGGAGAACGCAGAGCCGAAUCACGGGUAACGGGUACUGGAAGGGGAUGGGUGUGGAUGAACCAAUAUUGUCGAGCACUUCAGGCCAAAAAUUGGGCAUGAAAAGGUGUUACGUGUUUUACGUGGGUGAACCUUCCGAGGGUGUUAAAACCAAUUGGAUUAUGCAGGAAUAUAGACUCUCCGCCGAAAAUGGUUCUUCCGGCAGCAGUAGAUCAUCCAAAAAAAGACACUCAAAAAUAGAUUAUAGUAAAUGGGUAGUGUGUCGAGUUUACGAGCGUAACUGCGAUAAUGACGAUGACGAUGGCACAGAACUUUCAUGCCUGGACGAAGUUUUUCUGUCGCUGGAUGAUCUCGAUGAAAUUAGCUUGCCAAACUAGCUAGCUUAGCCAGCUGAUCCAGCAUGUAAGUUAGGACCUAGUUCUAGCUCAAGAUACAGCAGGCCUAACACUCAGCAUGAUCAUCUCCUCCUAUCCAUUAUUAUGUAGAAAUAUUUUCCUUCCUUCUUUUAAUUCAGUACGUACUACGUACAAUUAAUCAAUCUUGUAACCAUAAAAUUAGUUCAAGGGUGGCGAAAUGCAAUUGGAAUUUAUGCUUUUACUGAUUUUGUUACUUGUGAUUAGACAUUAAAACACUAA